CCUGAUGAGGCAGGCAAUGGUGAGCGCAAUCUUCAGCGCUUAGGAAUACUCAGUGGUUCUUAUUUAGGGGACAAGCAGGGGAGGAUGUAAACUGAAAAUACAUUGUUUAUAUUCUUACGGUAACCGAUAAUCAUGAGACGUUUAAAUAUCAAAAAAUAUAUACAUAUAUUGGGUGAAGGAGUCGACUGCUUGGCCGAAGAGACUGGAAGUGCAUUCUCCUCGUUCAAGGCAAGCGUUCCUGAGUGUGGUUAUGGGGAACCGCGGAGGAAAAGUAUAUUUGCGGGAUUUCUGCCACAGAGCCUAGUACACCAAUUGAUUUUACAGCAUGCAAAUACAGCCUCUAAAAAGGCCCGUUUUGCUUAGAGCUGACUUGGUAUAAAUGCCAGCUUAACGCUCCAGCAUCCAGCUUUUAUUUGCUGUGGUCAGAGCCUGAGGACCAGGUGACUCCAAGAACAAAACAGUAGAGAUGGAUGAGUGGCCGGGGAGAUGCUGAAGAGGGGGAAAGGCGAUGAGAAACAAGAAUGCACGUAAAAACCUCCUGAAAAUGGAAAGAUGUCCCAACAAACGUGGUGGUCAGAGGGAGAUUUGUUCUGGAGCUGAUAAACUCCAGCGGCCCGCCCGGUGUUCGCCGGGUCAGGUGCGAAAAGUGGGAGACGGGAGGAAGCGUUGGGGCCUGCAGGGAGCGCGGGGUGGAUGCAGCCACGUCUGCAACUCACCUGGACACACAAAGGAAGGCGGAUGGAGUCACGGGUAGAUACCUGAAAAGGCAGGGAUAAGCGAGCUAAGUGUAGAAUCUAGGUGGCAAGUAUAUGGGUGUUCACAGUAAAAUUCUUUCCCUUUUUCUGUAUGUCUGAAGUUUCUCAUAAUGUUGGGAAAAAUAGCCGUAACCAGCUGCAACUACUGCCCGUCUCCAUUCGUUUCCCGGAACCUGUUUACAUUUCUCCUGUCCACUUAAAAACAUGUCCUCCUUCUCAGUUUGUUUUGACAUUUGUAUUUGGCAGUUUUUUCUAAGGUCUAAUUGGCUGUAAUUUAUUUUUCGUUCCGGAUAUCCAUUUUCGUUCCUGUUUUUGCAUUUUUCUGCCCGAGAGCGCUCCAGUCCCACAACGCGGUGAUCCCGGAGGCCCGCAGGGAGUGCGCAGUCCGGGAGUGAUGCGUCGGACUCCAGCGCCUGUGCACUCGCGGCUGCGUCUCUGCGCCCGGCACUGGAUGUGGACACGCCACGUGACCCCACUGCCGCCAUCUUUCUUCCUGGCAGCGGCGUCGGCGCGCCAGUGCGCAGAUGCGGGGACCGGCGCUUGGUGAGAGCGUGCGGCCAGGUAUGGGCGCCGUGUUCUCUGAUUCGCCACAACAUGGCAAAUCUUAUAAGGAAGAUGGUGAACCCUCUGCUAUAUCUCAGUCGUCACACAGUGAAGCCUCGAGCCCUCUCCACAUUUCUGAUGGAAUCCCUUCGAGGUGCAGCCCCCGUGGCUGUGAAACCCGGGGCAGAAGUGCGCUCACUUCUCUCACCCGGCCUCCUGCCCCGCCUGCUGCCCGCACUGGGUUUCAAAACCAAGGCUGUUCUUAAGAAGCGUUGCAAGGACUGUUACCUGGUGAAGAGGCGGGGCCGGUGGUACAUCUAUUGUAAAACCAACCCGAGGCACAAGCAGAGACAGAUGUAGACCCUUUCCCUCCAGAGUCACGCACAUACUCAUCAUUGCGUCACUUGGGAGAACGGUUGUGUUUCAUGGAAGGAAUUAUCACAUCAAAGAGUCGGGGGAGAGUGACUGGAAGCAAACGUCCUAAAAGUUACCCAUCACUUUUCAGUGUAAAUGAGUAACUACAGAAGACGUAGCAUCAUCUUAUUUCUAAAACGUUCCAAUUAAAAACAUUUUCCUUUUAAAAUAGACUGUCUGAAUA